GCUACAAAGAGGUCAAGACGUUGCCACUGAAGAGCCUUGCUCACCCUUGUACACCUUGGACAGUAUUCACUUCUAUACACAAUGUCAGGUGGCCAACCGCCUUUCAACCCUGGAGCUUUCGAGUUCCGACCAGGUCAACAAGCCUUCAUUCCUCGCAAUCAGCAGCAACAGCAGCAGCAGCAGCAGCAGCAGCAGCAGCAACAGCAACAGGGACAGUAUGACCCUUAUGCAAUGUACGGUCAACAGCCUCAGCAAUACUAUGGUCAACAACAGCAAUCUUAUGGGACAUAUCAACAGUACGGUCAAGGUCAGCAGGGCGGAUAUUACCAAGGACAGCAACCUCAACAACAGGCUUAUGUCCCUCCAUCGCGAGCCUAUCAACCUCCUGCUCGCCAAGUCCAAGGCUUUCAACCCCCCAACCUUGGUACUUCCAAUGCUGCGCCGUCAAGUUCUGUUCCUGCUGGAAAACCAGUCUCAUUCAGCAUUGGAGGUGGUGGUGCGCCAAAAGCAGCUCCAUCACUGAGCAUUGGAGGUGGCGCACCGAAAGCAGCCCCGUCACUGAGCAUUGGCGGUGGAGCUCCCAAAGCUGCGCCAUCAUUAAGCAUCGGAGGGGGAGCUCCUAAAGCUGCCCCCUCGCUCAGCAUAGGAGGUGCUCCGAAAGCUGCCCCGUCACUGAGCAUUGGGUCGAAGACUGAGUCGAAGGAUCCUGCGGAGCCGAAGAAGGAGGCCAACGAGACGAAGAAGGAGAAGGCAGAGCCAACAGGCGAGGACAAGGACGAGGAUGAUUGGGCGGAACCCUCCGCACCGGUCAAGGCAGAAGCUGUACCUGACUCUGCCCCUGCCCCUACCCCUACCCCUGCUCCAGCUUCUGGACCCUCUUCCACUGUGGCCGAGUCUGCAUCAGCAGCGCCUCGUGCGGCCGCUGCUGCCGAUGCUUCCGGGUCCGAUGCACCCUCGAAAUCCGGCGCCAAAAUCUCCGGGACUGCUACACCAACAAACUACACCCGAGCAGCUGCAAAGAAUGACGCGGAUGCGGUGUACAAGGAGCAGGCUGCAGCCGGAGCAGAAGCCAUGAGGGAUCUGUAUGGAGAUGAUGCCAAGGACCCCAACGUCAAAUCACACCUCAAUAUUAUCUUCACUGGUCACGUCGAUGCUGGAAAGAGUACAAUGGGUGGACAGUUACUGUAUUUGACUGGAGCAGUGGACAAACGGACAAUGGAAAAGUACGAGCAGGAGGCCAAAGCUGCCGGAAGAGAGACCUGGUAUCUGUCUUGGGCACUCGAUUCCAACAAGGAAGAGCGAGCAAAGGGAAAGACUGUCGAAGUUGGACGAGCCUACUUUGAAUCUGACAAGAGAAGAUACACCAUUCUGGACGCACCAGGUCACAAGACAUAUGUGCCUAGUAUGAUCAGUGGUGCCGCUCAAGCAGACGUGGCGUUGCUGGUACUUUCCGCACGUAAAGGUGAAUUCGAGACCGGUUUCGACCGAGAUGGUCAGACGCGUGAACACGCCGUUCUGAUCAAGAACAAUGGUAUCAAUAAGCUCAUUGUCGUCGUGAAUAAGAUGGACGAUGUGACGGUCAAGUGGGAUCAGGCGAGAUACGACGAGAUCAAGGACAAGAUCACUCCGUUCUUAAAGAAGACUGGUUUCAACCCCAAGACUGACCUCACCUUCAUUCCCGUAUCGGCGCAGAUCGGUGAGAAUAUGAAGGAUAAGGUGGACAAGAAGAUUGCACCGUGGUAUGAGGGACCGUCUCUGCUCGGCUAUCUGGACGAGAUGCAGAUCAUGGACCGAAAUAUUGAUGCUCCAUUCAUGUUGCCUAUUUCUGAGAAAUACAACGAAAUGGGUACAAUGGUCAUGGGCAAGAUCGAAUCUGGAAGGGUCAAGCGUGGCGACACGCUCAUGCUCAUGCCUAACAAGGCAUCUGUCGAAGUUGCAGGUAUCUUCAACGAGCAGGCUGAAGAGAUGGACAACGCCUUUUGUGGAGACAACAUUCGUCUGCGUAUCCGAGGUAUCUCGGAUGAGGACAUCACUCCUGGUUUCGUCCUCACAUCCCCUCAAAGACCCGUCAAGACGGUCACUGCUUUCAAAGCCGAUCUCAGUAUCAUCGAAACCAAGAACAUCAUCUGCUCCGGAUACUCUUGUGUGCUGCACGUCCACACAUUGGCUGAAGAGGUUACCUUGACCUCUCUGCUGCACUAUUAUGACAAGAAGACUAAACGCAAGUCUAAAAAGCCACCUCAAUUCGCCAAAGUCGGCAUGCUGGUGUCUGCUUUGAUCGAGACUUCUGCUCCAAUCUGUAUCGAAAAGUGGGAAGACUACAAAAUGCUCGGAAGAUUUACCUUGCGUGAUGAGGGCAAAACAGUUGCUAUUGGUAAAGUCACCAAGCUCAUCGAAAAGACCGACGAGAUGCCAGAUGUAGCUGGAUUAAAGGUCGGAGCGUAAACAUAUUCUUGUUGAUCUGGAUUUCAUCAUGCAUUCUCCCUGUGUACAAGUAC